UUCAGCUUCUCCAGUUGGCAACGGUUACAUUAAGCCUCCAGUUCCACCUGCUUCAGGCACACACAGGGAAAAAGGGCCACCAACCAUGCUACCCAUCAACGUGGACCCAGACAGCAAACCAGGAGAAUAUGUUCUCAAAAGUUUAUUUGUCAACUUCACCACUCAGGCUGAGCGCAAGAUUCGCAUCAUCAUGGCAGAGCCGCUGGAAAAGCCAUUGACAAAAUCUCUACAGCGUGGAGAAGACCCACAGUUUGAUCAAGUCAUCAGCUCCAUGAGCUCCCUUUCUGAGUACUGCCUGCCUUCCAUUCUGAGAACACUGUUUGACUGGUUUAAAAGGCAAAAUGGCAUUGAAGAUGAAUCACAUGAAUACAGACCAAGAACAAGCAAUAAAUCAAAAAGUGAUGAACAGCAGCGAGAUUAUUUAAUGGAAAGACGGGACCUCGCCAUUGAUUUUAUUUUUUCGUUAGUAUUAAUAGAAGUUUUGAAACAGAUUCCUCUUCAUCCUGUAAUAGACAGUUUAAUACAUGAUGUUAUUAACUUGGCUUUCAAGCACUUUAAAUACAAAGAAGGGUAUCUUGGUCCUAACACUGGCAAUAUGCACAUUGUGGCUGACCUGUAUGCAGAAGUCAUUGGAGUGUUGGCACAAGCUAAGUUCCCCGCUGUCAAGAAGAAAUUUAUGGCAGAGUUAAAAGAAUUACGACACAAAGAGCAGAACCCAUAUGUGGUGCAAAGCAUUAUCAGCUUGAUAAUGGGAAUGAAAUUCUUUCGAAUUAAGAUGUAUCCAGUGGAGGACUUUGAGGCGUCUCUUCAGUUUAUGCAGGAAUGUGCACAUUAUUUCCUCGAGGUCAAAGACAAAGAUAUCAAACAUGCCUUGGCUGGGCUUUUUGUGGAAAUCCUUGUCCCGGUUGCUGCUGCUGUCAAAAAUGAAGUCAACGUUCCCUGCCUUAGAAAUUUUGUGGAAAGCCUCUAUGAUACUACGCUGGAACUUUCUUCUCGAAAGAAGCAUUCCUUGGCCUUGUACCCCCUGGUGACCUGUCUGCUGUGUGUCAGUCAGAAGCAACUGUUCCUGAACAGGUGGCAUGUUUUCCUCAACAACUGCUUGUCCAACCUUAAGAAUAAAGAUCCCAAGAUGGCUCGAGUUGCACUGGAAUCUCUCUACAGAUUACUUUGGGUUUACAUGAUUCGAAUUAAAUGUGAAAGCAACACGGCUACUCAGAGCCGACUUAUAACCAUCAUCACCACACUUUUCCCCAAAGGGUCCCGAGGUGUGGUGCCAAGGGAUAUGCCUCUGAACAUCUUUGUGAAAAUCAUCCAGUUCAUUGCCCAGGAACGUUUAGAUUUUGCAAUGAAAGAAAUCAUUUUUGAUUUUCUUUGUGUGGGAAAGCCAGCCAAAGCUUUCAGUCUCAACCCAGAGAGAAUGAACAUUGGUUUACGAGCAUUCUUGGUAAUAGCUGACAGCUUGCAGCAGAAAGAUGGCGAGCCUCCCAUGCCAGUUACAGGGGCCGUGCUCCCUUCUGGAAACACAUUGAGAGUAAAGAAAACAUACUUGAGUAAAACACUAACUGAAGAGGAAGCCAAAAUGAUAGGAAUGUCCUUAUAUUACUCUCAAGUACGAAAAGCUGUGGACAACAUCUUAAGGCACCUUGAUAAGGAAGUAGGACGAUGUAUGAUGCUAACUAACGUACAGAUGUUAAACAAAGAACCUGAGGACAUGAUCACGGGUGAGAGAAAGCCAAAAAUAGAUCUUUUCCGGACCUGUGUUGCUGCUAUUCCUCGACUGCUUCCUGAUGGAAUGUCAAAACUUGAACUUAUUGACUUGCUGGCCAGGCUCUCUAUUCACAUGGAUGACGAACUACGGCACAUCGCACAGAAUUCUCUCCAGGGUUUGCUUGUGGACUUCUCCGACUGGAGAGAAGAUGUGCUCUUUGGCUUUACCAACUUCCUGCUCCGGGAAGUAAAUGACAUGCAUCACACACUCCUUGACUCCUCCCUGAAGUUGCUGCUGCAGCUGCUCACCCAGUGGAAACUGGUCAUACAGACGCAAGGAAGAGGCUACGAACAAGCCAGCAAAAUCAGAAACUCAGAGCUGAUUCCAAAUGGCUCCAGCCACAGAAUGCAGUCGGAACGAGGCCCUCACUGCAGUGUCCUCCAUGCUGUAGAAGGGUUUGCUCUGGUUUUACUCUGCAGCUUCCAGGUGGCCACACGCAAACUGUCUGUGUUGAUACUCAAGGAAAUUCGAGCUCUGUUCAUUGCCCUGGGUCAGCCAGAGGAUGAUGACAGGCCGAUGAUUGAUGUUAUGGAUCAGCUAAGUUCUUCCAUUCUUGAAAGUUUCAUUCAUGUAGCAGUUUCAGAUUCAGCAACGUUACCACUGACCCAUAACGUGGAUCUUCAGUGGCUGGUGGAAUGGAGCGCAGUCCUGGUCAAUAGCCAUUAUGAUGUGAAGAGCCCUUCCCAUGUCUGGAUCUUCGCACAGUCUGUCAAAGACCCCUGGGUCCUCUGCCUCUUCAGCUUCCUCCGGCAGGAGAACCUUCCCAAACACUGCCCCACGGCCCUCAGCUAUGCCUGGCCUUAUGCCUUCACUCGGCUCCAGUCAGUGAUGCCUUUGGUGGACCCAAACAGCCCAAUUAAUGCCAAGAAAACCAGCACUGCAGGCAGCGGAGACAACUAUGUUACCUUGUGGAGAAAUUACCUUAUUCUCUGUUUUGGAGUUGCAAAACCCAGUAUUAUGAGCCCAGGACACUUAAGAGCUUCCACUCCAGAAAUAAUGGCGACCACACCUGAUGGUACAGUGAGCUACGAUAACAAGGCCAUCGGCACCCCAUCGGUGGGCGUUCUGUUAAAGCAGUUGGUGCCUUUGAUGAGACUAGAGAGCAUUGAGAUCACAGAAUCCUUAGUUUUAGGAUUUGGAAGAACAAAUUCCCUCGUUUUCAGAGAAUUGGUAGAAGAACUUCAUCCCUUAAUGAAAGAAGCUCUAGAAAGAAGACCAGAGAACAAGAAGCGCCGAGAACGGCGAGACUUGUUACGGCUACAACUACUUAGGAUUUUUGAACUUCUGGCUGAUGCUGGAGUGAUAAGUGACAGCACAAAUGGAGCCCUAGAACGGGAUACCUUAGCUCUUGGAGCUUUGUUCUUGGAAUACGUGGACUUGACCCGAAUGCUCUUGGAAGCUGAAAAUGACAAGGAAGUUGAAAUUCUUAAAGAUAUUCGGGCACAUUUUAGUGCCAUGGUCGCCAACUUGAUUCAGUGUGUUCCAGUUCACCACCGAAGGUUCCUCUUCCCUCAGCAAAGCCUGAGGCACCACCUCUUCAUCCUGUUUAGCCAGUGGGCAGGACCCUUCAGCAUCAUGUUCACGCCUCUGGAUCGUUACAGUGACAGAAAUCAUCAGAUUACCAGAUACCAGUACUGUGCACUAAAGGCAAUGUCAGCAGUAUUGUGCUGUGGCCCUGUUUUCGAUAACGUGGGCCUUUCUCCAGAUGGCUACCUGUAUAAGUGGCUUGACAACAUUCUGGCUUGUCAAGAUUUACGAGUUCAUCAACUCGGUUGUGAAGUUGUUGUCUUGCUGUUGGAACUUAAUCCAGACCAAAUAAACCUUUUUAAUUGGGCCAUUGACCGAUGCUACACAGGUUCCUACCAACUUGCAUCUGGCUGCUUCAAAGCCAUUGCGACUGUAUGUGGAAGCAGAAAUUAUCCCUUCGACAUAGUGACGUUGUUAAACCUUGUUCUAUUCAAGGCCUCUGACACCAACAGAGAGGUUUAUGAAAUCUCCAUGCAGCUCAUGCAGAUCCUUGAAGCAAAGCUUUUUGUAUACUCAAAGAAAGUGGCUGAGCAAAGACCUGGCAGUAUUCUAUAUGGAACACAUGGCCCGUUGCCACCCCUCUACAGUGUGUCCCUAGCCCUCUUGUCUUAUGAACUGGCCAGGAUGUACCCCGAGCUCACACUCCCUCUCUUCUCAGAGGUGAGCCAGCGAUUCCCCACCACACACCCAAACGGACGUCAGAUCAUGCUUACCUACCUGCUGCCUUGGCUGCAUAACAUUGAGCUAGUGGACAGCAGGCUCCUCCUCCCAGGGUCAAGCCCCAACAGCCCAGAGGAUGAAGUCAAGGACCGGGAAGGAGAAGUGACUACCUCUCCUGGGCUAAAAGGGAAUGGCUGGGGCUCCCCAGAAGCCACAUCACUCGUCCUGAAUAACCUCAUGUACAUGACGGCCAAGUAUGGAGAUGAAGUUCCUGGACCAGAAAUGGAAAAUGCGUGGAACGCGUUAGCUAACAAUGAGAAAUGGAGCAACAACCUGAGAAUCACCCUGCAGUUCCUCAUCAGCCUGUGCGGGGUUAGCAGUGACACCAUUCUCCUGCCCUACAUUAAAAAGGUGGCAAUAUAUUUGUGCCGUAAUAACACCAUUCAAACCAUGGAAGAGCUUCUCUUUGAGCUGCAGCAGACUGAACCUGUGAACCCCAUCGUCCAGCACUGUGACAACCCACCCUUCUACCGCUUCACGGCCAGCAGCAAGGCCUCUGCAGCAGCUUCUGGAACCACCUCCAGCAGUAAUACAGUAGUUGCUGGCCAGGAUAGUUUUCCAGAUGCUGAGGAGAGCAAGUUACUGAAAGAAUCCGAUGAAAGGUUCAGUAACGUUAUCCGAGCACACACACGCCUUGAAUCAAGAUACAGCAACAGCUCUGGAGGAUCGUAUGAUGAGGAUAAAAAUGAUCCAAUCUCUCCCUACACGGGCUGGUUGUUGACUAUUACAGAGACCAAACAGCCACAGCCCCUACCAAUGCCGUGUACUGGAGGAUGCUGCCCCCUGGUUGACUAUCUCCCAGACCAUCACCCACGGGGGCCACUGCAUAGGAGAAGGAAAAAACCUAUCCCAGGUUUGGACCAUUACCGGCAUGAAGUCUUUGAGCACAGCAAAAAAUUACUUCUUCACCUCCUGAUUGCCCUGUCCUGCAACAGCAGUUUUCAUGCCAUUGCUUCUGUGCUCCUGCACCGAGAGAUGGGGAAGCCAAGACUCUAACGUGAGCCAGCCUACCAGCCGGAAUACCUCACACAGGGGUGGUUUGACUUCCUGAGAGAGGACCAGUCACCCGUGCCAGACUCAGGGUUGAGCUCCAGUUCCACCUCCUCCAGCAUCAGUCUGGGAGGCAGCAGUGGAAACCUCCCACAGAUGACCCAAGAGGUAGAAGAUGUGGACACAGCUGCUGAAACAGAUGAGACAAAUAAGCUCAUUGAGUUUCUGACAACCAGGGCAUUCGGUCCACUCUGGUGCCAUGAAGACUUCACCAAAAAUCAAAAUUCAAAGAGUGCUGAACAACUGACUAACUUUCUGCGUCACGUCGUAUCUGUAUUUAAAGAUUCCAAGUCAGGUUUCCAUUUGGAGCAACACUUGAGUGAAGUCGCCCUGCAGACAGCCCUUGCCAGCUCUUCCAGGCACUAUGCUGGUCCCUUCCAGAUAUUCCGGGCCCUCAAGCAACCCCUGUCAGCUCACGCCUUGUCCGAUGUGCUGUCCAGAUUGGUGGAGGUGAUUGGAGAGCACGGAGAUGAGAUUCAGGGUUAUGUAAUGGAAGCGCUCCUGACUUUGGAAGCUGCAGUGGAUAACUUGUCUGAGUGCUUGAAGAAUAGUGAUCUCUUAACUGUGUUAUCUCGCUCUUCAUCACCAGAUUUAAGCUCUAGCACUAAACUAACAGCAAGCAGGAAGAGCACAGGACAACUAAAUGUGAACCCCGGAACUACCAGCGGCAAUACCACGACUGCAGAACGGAGCCGGCAUCAAAGAAGCUUCUCCGUGCCCAAGAAAUUUGGUGUUAUUGACCGAUCCUCAGACCCACCUCGAAGUGCCACACUGGACAGAAUUCAGGCUUGUACCCAACAGGGCCUCUCCUCAAAAACCAGAAGCAACUCCUCCUUGAAGGACAGUCUCACGGACCCAUCCCACAUCAACCAUCCCACUAACCUGUUGGCCACCAUUUUCUGGGUGACUGUGGCCUUGAUGGAAUCUGACUUUGAGUUUGAAUACCUGAUGGCCUUAAGGCUGUUGAAUAGACUCCUGGAGCAUAUGCCGCUGGAUAAGGCUGAGAACCGGGACAAACUCGAGAAACUCCAGGCACAGCUCCAGUGGGCUGACUUCUCUGGGUUGCAGCAGCUGCUGAAAGGGUUCACAUCCCUCACCACCACAGACCUCACCCUGCAGCUUUUCAGCCUGUUGACCCCUGUGUCCAAAGUGUCCAUGGUGGACUCGUCCCAAGCUAUUGGGUUUCCACUGAAUGUCUUGUGUCUCCUGCCUCAACUGAUCCAGCAUUUCGAAAAAUCCCAAUCAGUUCUGCUAAGGUAUACUGAAAGGAUUGCUCAGGUAUGUGUUACAGUUCCAUACCUGGGCAAGGCAUUUGGACCUAUUGGGAAGGCCCAGGUGUCAGACAGAAAUUACCAGGCCCAGUAUCCCACAACCCAACUAAGCACCCGAACACCAGAUCUGCACGGCCGACCAGACCCCCGCGACAGCGACGACGCCAAUGCCACACACAUGUACCCUACAGGUCGUUGCUCCCAUUACCCUCCAACACCAAGAAGUACUCGGAAAGUUCCAACCACCAUAAAUCCACUGCUUUACAAAGGCAGUGAUAAUCAAUUGCUGUCAUUCAAAGAAAAUUCAUGGUGUGGACUUUAUAUUUGUGUCUUCAGACCUCCCAUGUUGUCUUUGGUAGUGUCUUCGUUUUAUCUGAUAGUUAGGGUUUUCUCUCCCCUCCUAAGAGAGCAUGCAGUGACAAAGCUAUUGGAAAGCCUGGUGCUUUCUGUGGCAGUCUGGUUAGAGCUGACUCCAGCUGUCCUUUGUCUCCCAAAGCUGCUAGAAAAGGGUCUCCCAGCAUGCAGCAGCCGCUCGGUGAUCUACAGUUUGCUCAGCUACAUGGACCUCUCCGUCGUUCCUGUCAAGCAGUUUAAUGUGGAAGUUCUGAAGACCAUUGAAAAAUAUGUACAGAGUGUUCAUUGGAGAGAAGCUUUGAAUAUCUUGAAGCUGGUUGUUUCUCGAUCAGCCAGCCUGGUGCUGCCUUCCUAUCAGCACAGUGACCUCUCCAAGAUAGAAAUACACCGAGUAUGGACCAGUGCAUCCAAGGAACUGCCUGGAAAGACAUUGGACUUCCACUUUGACAUCUCAGAGGUACACAUCAUCGGGAGGAGAUAUGAUGAGCUACAGAGUUCUUCUGGGCGGGAUGGAACUAGGGCCAUGGCUGUCACCCGGAGCACAUCGUCCACUUCUUCAGGCUCCAACUCCAAUGUUCUUGUACCUGUAAGCUGGAAAAGACCCCAGUAUUCCCAGAAAAGAACAAAAGAGAAGUUGGUGCACGUCCUUUCUUUGUGUGGCCAAGAAGUAGGAUUAAGCAAAAACCCAUCUGUGAUUUUUUCCUCGUGUGGGGACCUGGAUCUGUUGGAGCAUCAGACGAGCCUGGUAUCUUCCGAGGACGGCGCCCGGGAGCAGGAGAACAUGGAUGACACAAACAGCGAACAGCAGUUUAGAGUCUUUAGGGACUUCGAUUUCCUAGAUGUGGAGCUGGAGGAUGGAGAGGGUGAGAGCAUGGACAAUUUCAACUGGGGAGUGCGCAGGCGUUCUCUGGACAGCCUGGACAAGUGUGACAUGCAGAUCCUGGAGGAGCGCCAGCUUUCAGGAAGUACUCCCAGCCUAAAUAAGAUGAACCAUGAGGAUUCCGAUGAAUCAUCCGAGGAGGAGGACCUCACAGCCAGCCAGAUCCUGGAGCACUCAGACCUAAUCAUGACCCUCUCCCCCUCUGAGGAGCCCAAUCCCAUGGAACUGCUUGCCACUGCCUGUGACCCUACCUCCGUGGACUCUCAUUCCUUCAACACCAGAAUGGACAGCUUUGACGCUUCUUUGCCUGAUAUGAAUAAUCUGCAAAUUUCUGAAGGUUCAAAGGCUGAAGCUGUGCAGGAGGAGGAGGACACUGCCGUGCACGAGGACGAUCUCUCAAGUUCAAUCAACGAGCUCCCUGCAGCUUUCGAAUGCAGCGACAGCUUCAGCCUGGAUAUGACUGAAGCAGAGGAAAAAGGCAGUCGGGGCCUCGAUCAGUUUACUCUUGCCAGCUUUGGAGAAGGUGACAGGGGAGUGUCUCCCCCGCCCUCGCCCUUCUUCUCCGCCAUCCUUGCUGCCUUUCAGCCCGCAGCCUGUGAUGAUGCCGAGGAGGCCUGGCGCAGCCACAUCAACCAGCUCAUGUGUGACUCGGAUGGCUCCUGUGCUGUGUACACGUUUCAUGUGUUCUCCUCUCUGUUUAAGAAUAUUCAAAAAAGGUUCUGCUUCUUGACGUGUGAUGCAGCCAGCUACCUUGGAGAUAACCUCCGGGGAAUCGGAUCCAAGUUUGUCAGCUCGUCCCAGAUGCUCACCUCCUGCUCCGAGUGCCCCACGCUCUUCGUAGAUGCCGAGACGCUCCUUUCUUGUGGACUUCUGGACAAGCUCAAGUUCAGUUUAGAACUGCAAGAAUAUUUGGACACCUACAACAACAGAAAAGAGGCCACUCUCUCCUGGCUUGCAAACUGUAAGGCAACAUUUGCAGGAGGAUCAAGAGAUGGAGUAAUUACCUGCCAACCAGGGGACUCAGAAGAAAAGCAACUGGAACUGUGUCAGAGGUUAUAUAAGCUACACUUCCAGCUGCUUUUGCUUUUUCAAUCCUACUGUAAGCUCAUCGGCCAGGUGCAUGAAGUGAGCUCCAUGCCAGAGCUGCUGAACAUGUCCCGGGAGCUGAGUGACCUGAAGAGGAAUCUGAAGGAGGCCACUGCUGCCAUUGCCGCAGACCCACUCUACAUAGAUGGAGCCUGGGCCGAGCCAACCUUCACAUCCACAGAAGCUGCCAUCCAGUCCAUGCUGGAGUGCCUGAAGAACAACGAACUUGGCAAAGCUUUGCGACAGAUCCGAGAAUGCAGAAGUUUGUGGCCCAAUGACAUCUUUGGAAGCAGUUCUGAUGAUGAGGUCCAGACACUACUGAACAUUUACUUCCGUCACCAAACUCUGGGACAGACGGGUACUUACGCACUGGUGGGGUCUAACCAGAGCCUCACCGAAAUCUGUACCAAGCUGAUGGAGCUGAACAUGGAGAUCCGAGACAUGCUUCGCAGGGCCCAGAGUUACCGAGUCCUCACCGCUUUUCUCCCAGACUCCAGCGUUUCUGGCACUAGUCUCUGACAGGAGCCUCCCGUCCCCCAUGGUUUCCAAGCUGGCGGUGCUGCCAUGCUGGGGCGACGUCAUUCAGUGUCUUCUCAGCCUUCGAAAGGCUUGGACAGACUGUUUUCCCUCUUGUUACCUGUAGGACUUUUUCUAAAAAGGAUGGCAGAACUUCCAACCUGUAGCAAUACUCUAAGAACUAAGGUAGCAUAGAACGUCCUGCAACAGACUCCACCCACCAUGCUGUGUGGCACAAACGUGUUUUCCUUUUGCUGAGCAAAUGCAACUCGCUACUGAAGAAGUGACUUCCAUUGCAUACCAAAGCCAGAGGACACCGAACAAUACCUUCCUCUCUAGAAAUAGUUUUAGAUUGGCAAAAGUGCAAUGUUUUCUUCACUAAAAAUUUUUAUAUUCUAAAACUUGUACAUUCAUUCCCUUUCUCCUUUGUUUUUCUUUGUUCCUUUUUUCUUUUUUCCUCUAUUUUUUUUUUUUUGGUGGGCUGAGAAAGGGACAGGCAGAAUGAAGCUGGCCACAGAAAAAUUGUAAGAUGGUCAAAGCUGACAGCCUGCACAUUUGAAAAGGGAACUGUAAAUGGACUAUAAUUUUAAUGUACACUGUUAUUUGAAUAUAAUUACUGUAUCUACAAUGAGCUGCUAUGAAUACCUUUCUUAUGUUGCUAGGCUACUGUUUCUGAAAGCCCUGGAUCUCUUUGCACCAAAAAUGAUCCAGACAGACUCUUUUUAAGAAUCUUGGCUGCUUUUUACUAGAAGGUUGCUUUUAUGAGCAUAUUUAUACUACAGAAGGAGAGUGUUAAUUGUAAUUAACUUUGCCAUUUUGUAGAGACAAAUUAUUCACAUUAUAAAUUCCAAGUCUUUUCACCUGUCAUGCAUGCAUAUUUUAAUAUCCACUUGGAUAGCCAGAAGUAGAAUCAUAAAGGUAAAUUAUGAGUUGUCACUUUCUUGAUAAUAAUGUCAUGUUUUAUUUGUAAUAUAUAUGUAAAGGGCCAUUCUUAAGUUUCCUCCUUAAAUUUAAUGCUGUCAAGUGUUAGAUGUGUGCAUGUGAAAUCUGUUGCACAUCAGAAACAUAUUCAAAGUUUAUCUAUGUAACUUAUUCACUCUGUAAAUACAUUUAAAGUUUUUGUGAUGUAAUCUUGAUUGAUACUCUGUUCAGAACUUUCUUUAGACUAAAAAACAGAAAGACAAAACACAAGGUGACCAUGGACUUUCUUUCUAGUUAAUGGAAAUAUUUGCCUUUGACACACAUUUAUAGUUAUACAUGUGGGAUGCCACAGUGACAAUCCCAACGGGUAUGGGUACCAGUCACAUGCGUUCUGUGAAUGACACCCCCUGGGGUUGUGGAGUGCGUGGUCCUCGAAGUCAGAGGUAAGUAUAAUCUCACAGGAAGUUGACACCAAAAAAAGGUGACCUUCAACCAGUUCUCUCUGUAAUCAUCCAGAGAGAAAAAUCAGGAAAGAAUGAGGACUCUAAUUGUGCAUAACCUGACAUUAGGUUGUCAUCCUUAUAAUUUUGAAAUAGACUCUGGGAUGACCAGGCGAAAAUAGUAAAACUUUUCAUUUUGUCACCAGCACCUACCUAUUCUCCACCCCACCAAAAAAGCUGAGACCCAGAGAUACAUAGUAAUCUAAUUUAUACUGUCUUCCUACUUAUAUUUUACUUGGACUACCAAGUAUAACUUGCUUUCCUAACACACAACUACUGAAUCGUUAGUAACCAUUUUCUAUAAGUAUCCUGCAAGAGGGACUCUCAUCCAAGAUUGUUUUAUUGUUCCCAUAGAUAAAGCUACUGAUCCAUCUUAAGGACUUCCUAGAUUGCUUUAAAGAUACUUUUGUGUGUGUGUGACUGGUGGUACUGGGGAUUGACUUCAGGACCUCGUGUUUGCACUCUACCACUUGAGCUAUGUCAGCCCAAGAUAUUUUCUUAAUAAGCUCUUUUUCCUUUUUUAAUUAAUUGCACAAAAUAGGCUUCAUUAUGACAUUUUCAUGCAAGUAUACACCGUACUUCAAUCUUAUUCAUCCCCACAUUACCCUCUAUUGUCCUUCUCCCUCAUCCUUCUCUCCCACUUCCCCAAA